CAGAGCCCAGAGCAGUCAAGAACUGAAGAAUUUCUAGAAUGAGUCAAGCUGAGGAAAGCAGUAUCUACUCAACAUGGAAUAUUGUGAGAUCAGUAGUCUGCGUAAUACUGAGCUUGUCAUUUAUUAUUGGGACCCCUGGAAACUGCAUCGUCAUCUGGACUGUUUUUAGAAAAAUGAAGCAAGUAUCUCUUUCAGUCCUACUCAUCUUGAACCUGGCCAUUGCUGAUGUCCUUGUACUGAUCACUUUACCAAUCUGGAUUUACUCCUUUGCUGACUCAUGGGUUUUUGGACUUGUCUUCUGCAAAAUACUGGUUUUCAUUAUUUACUGCAGCAUGUAUGCAAGUAUAUUUCUAAUUACAGCACUGAGCUUGGAGAGGUUAGUGGCUGUGUUGUACCCUUUCACAAUUCAAAGAUACAAAAGAAAAGAAAAGAUUUCUUUUAUCGUGUUCCUCAUUUGGUUCCUGUCUAUUACUUUUGGCAUUUCUGUCAUUCCAUUUCAAGAGACAGAAGAAAUGAAUGGUCAACUGCUGUGCACAUGUCGCAGCUACUCUUCUAACAGACAGAAAGUGUCAUAUCUUUUGCUGGAGACCCUUGCUGGUUUUGUAAUCCCUUUUUUCAUUAUUUGCACUUGUUAUGUGUGUGUAGCAAGAAGAAUAAGCAGAAUGACUUACCAAUCUAAGCAGCGAUCAGGACGUCUCAUUGCCAGCAUUGUGGUGGCAUUCAUUCUAUGCUGGUUCCCUCACCACGUGUUUAACAUCCUAGAUAUUAUUUCGAUUGAAAUAGAACUCUCUAAUGAGGAGGUGUCUUUGGCACUGGAUAAAAUUGUAGACAAAGGAGUGUACAUCUCUGGAGCGCUUGUAUUCAUCAGUAGCUGUAUUAACCCUCUACUUUAUGCUUUUGCUGCACGAAGAUUUCAGAAUCACCUGAGAUUUGCCAAGAUGUCAAAGCUGUUUGAGCAGAUGAGUCAGACUGUAACAGAGGAAGACAAGAAAAGAAGUUUGGUUGUAAACAAACAAGAAGAUCCUUUAGUAGGCACAGAAAAUCUCUAACAAGGAACUCAGUGAUUAAUCUGUGUCAUUUCUUCAGUAGUCCUUUCUCCUCAUUCUCUAGUUUCAUUUCUUAAGCAGUCCAGGGAAAGCUAGAGACAGAUAAAAGCUUUUUGAUUUGUUGUUUUUUUCCUGUGUGCUUUAUAAGAAUUGGCACUGACAGCCUAGUUCAGUUCAUAAGUUAAUAUCCAUGUCACAAAAUGAGCAUUAUUUCACUGUUGCUGAGGACCUCAGCAAGGUGAGUAGAAGCUCAAAUUGUAAGGAAUACAGCAUUUUUACUUUCCAUUAAUAUUAUUUCUGAUUACUAGGAAGUCUGUGAGCAGAAAAUAACUCCUCAUGGAAAGGAAAGGCUUUGAAAGUUUAAAACUAAGUUUUCUUCAGAAAAAAAUUGUUAGAUGGUCAAAAAUCCUUAUAUAAUCUAAAGUUUUAAGAGUCCAAAGUUAAAUUCUUGAUAUGGGUAAGAAGUUUUAAAGUACAAUAAUGACAUACUCUUCUGGGUAGGUAGAAAAUCUAAAGUAAUUUUACUCAUUGUUUAAGUCUGAAAAUAAUAAUUUUUGUUUACACAGUCUAGCUCCUUCACUGCAUUACCUUGUGGUAAUAGGUUUGAAAAAGUCAAAUGUGUGUGACACAUCUCCAGAAAAAAAAAGGGAUAUGAGAAUGCUGUGUUGUGUGACAAACAUCAUUACAGACUGCACACUGUAUUUGAUGUCAAACACAUUGCAUACUUCAGUGGCAAUUGAACUAUUGAUGUUCUAAAUAUAUAUACUCUUAGUAUCCUCAAAAUUUUUGGUUCAGUUAAGCUUCCAAGAUGUCUAUCAAAUUAUGGAGGAACUGGAUCAUCCUUAGGUGAGAAGGAAGGAGAGAUCCUUGAUACUAUUUGUAACGUGUAAGAAAAUAUAGUAGCAGUACAAGGUAUAUAACAUCAGAAGAACUUCACUUUGCAAAUAGGAGUGUUGCUUUUUCUUCUCUUGUAGAAUAGAGUGGACUUUACCAUAAGAAACUGAUAAAUUUAGUACUUGCAAGGAAUUCAGUUUUGUUUAUGUGUGCAAACUCACU